GAGGUUAUUUGAUUUUUGUUUUAAAAUACAAAAAUGAAAAUUGAAAUACAAGGCGUUUUUCUUUUUCAUGGUCAAAAAGGGAUGAGCGAAAUUUAAAAAACGAUUCGAUUUUCAAUUUCUAUUUCAUAUAACAAAAAAUAAAAUCACUAGAAAACAGAAACGGAAAAAAGGCCUGUUUUUUCAUAUUAUGAGACCGGAUGUCGUCAUUUACAAGGCAAGAGCGCCAGCGCCAAAUGUAAAAUUGCCAGUGUGCCAGUGUUGCCAGGCUAAAAUGGCUUUGGAAUCCUACUCUGAUGUGAUUUUGGACAUGGCGGAACAAGGCCUGUCAUCCACAGAAAUCUCGGUGCGCAUAUCACAGGAAAGUGGGGGCACAAGAGGAUUUUCUGCAAGAAAUGUGAGGAGAUUUUGCGCUGAAAAUGGGUCAAGCUUGAUGGGACUCCCCGACGCACAUUUGGAGUUAGAGGUGGCAAAAGCUAUAACCGAGGUAUGAACCUGCUAUAUCUCCCCUUUGCUACUUAGAUUUGUGUGUGUGUGUGUGUGUGUGUGUGUGUGUGUGAGAGAGAGAGAGAGAGAGAGAGAGAGAGAGAGAGAGAGAACAUGCAUAGACGUCUAUGUCCCGCAUCUCUAAAGGGAUCCCUUAGCAAGUUCAACUGGCAUUUUUUUAUGCCCGUUUAUCAUAAUUAUAAAUAACAAAUAGUAAAUAAAUAAAAAAUAAAUAGCCUCAGCCUACCAUAGGCUAUAUGUAAGUAAUCACAGUAAACAUAAACCUCACAGCACUGACAAAUCCCAUAACACAAACACCCACAUGCAUGCACACUGCAUUAAUUUCAUGAUAAACAUAUAUCAGCUGAUAUGAUUUUGGAAUAUGGAAAUCAUGUUAAUUUGUUAUUUUCUAGAUGGGACCUACAUAUGGAAGAAGGAUGAUAAAGGGGUAUCUCGCUAUGAAAGGAGUGCAUGCAGCAGAGACACGAAUUGGAUCAGUGCUCAGAACUAUGCAUCAGCCUUACCAUGAAGCAAGACGUCAGCUGACUACAUGGGUCACAAGGUUCAUAUGGACCAAAAUGAAAAACUGGCUAUGUUUGGGGUCACCCAUGUUUUAGCCAUUGAUGGCUUCAGCAAAAAGGUUGUUGCUCAUUCUACAAUGCCUAUAAAAAACAACCUUGCCAUCUAUGAAGAUGUUUUCAGGCCUGCAGUACUUGCCUAUGGUAUGUGGGACCAGGUGCGAGUAGAUCAUGGCAAGGAGUUUUAUUUGACGCUCUUCAUGCAGGAGCAGCUGUCAUCUCAUCGCCAUAAUCAGGAGAGAAAGCCUUAUUUACAGACUUCAUCCACAAGGAACCAUAUAGUCGAACGAGUCUGGCCUGAGGUCAACAAUCGUGUCAAUUAUCCACUGAAGACAGCCCUUCUGCAGUUGGUGGAUCAAGAGGAACUAGACAUGGACGACAACCUUGUGAGAUACUGUGUGUCCAACCUGACUGGCCAGUUGUGCCAGAUUGGUCUUACAAGGAUGGUGGACUCAUGGAAUGCUCACCGAAUUCCAGGUAAAGGUAUACCAAAUGACUUGGCUGGCAGUGGGUGUCCCAAAAAAAUCCCACAGGAGCUGUUGCCUCAUUCAGCUGAAGCAGCAGACCUUUACGGACAACAGCUGGGAUCCUCACUGACAACACAUUCUGCUUUUGGAGUUGAUCCAUUUUCAACUGAACAGGACAAACUUACAGUCGAGAAUCAGUUUGCAGAGAAAUAUUCAGACAUUUCAGACUUGUUCUCUAGAGCAGUGAACAAUGACUUUGCUCCAUACAAAGAGGCAUUGCUCUAUCUCAUAACCACAACUCAGCGCAAUGUGUGAAAGACCAUUGGUCUGUUUGAACUUACAGAAUGUAAAUGAGUAACAAGAACUAUAAGUUGGUGGCAAUGGGUGUUUGGUAAAGACAAAUGUUAAUAUAACUAAACAGUGAUGUCAAUAAGAACAGUGGUCACAUUUUCAACUUCCUUCUUCACACCAAUAUGACAUCAUCUAGCCCAAACAUUUUAAGAAAUUCACAUCAAUAGUACAAGAACUCUAACCGAAAUUUUUGAAUUGAUAAACAAACGCAUACCCAAUAUGCCUAUUUGUGAGUAUAAAAGUGCAAAAUCUUACUCCUCUUCAAAAAGGGAUCUCAGAACAGAAAAUGCCUCUGACAGACCAUUAACUUCAAAUAUGUCGUUGCCUGCUGUGUUCUCUCUACAUUUUGCACAGUGCACAGAGGUCUCCUGCCACUGUUCCACACAUGUUUUGCAGCCAAUAAUGCUUCGGCAACACUGUGUGAAGACUGGCUCCUCGAUGAACUCUAAAAAACAAAAUGAGAAAAACUUGUCAUUCUGUGUAUGUGUGUGCGUAUCCCCAUCUGUCCUUAAAGUGUUCUUGAUGUAUUGGGUGACAGUGUUCUUGUUACUAAACAAGUUUACAACUUUAAUGCUUUUAAACAUUUCUUUUUUAUUGUAUCAUUACACCAUUGGCUGUUACACAAAGGUUUGCAUCAGUACAUGUAAUUAAUUGUUGUGGAUGAGACACAGCUGAUCUUGGUUAGAGAAUGUAAAAAUGUAUGUGUAUUUGGAAAUCUCAAAUUCUGGCACACACCAAAUAAAAUGAUCCAAAAUUAUUUUA